AUGGACGCGAUCCGACCUUACGUUCAGGAAGUCACUCAUCGUCUCCCGGCGCCCAUCGUCACGGCCGGCCGCGAUCUUAUCGGACCAUACUGCUACAAAACUGUAGUCGAAGACUUCGAUCUCCUCAAUCACCCAGAAUGCGUAAAGCUCGGGGUCUCUAAAGCGCUUGGGAUCGCGAUAAUUGGCGCUUCAGCUAUUGUCAAAGUCCCACAGCUUAUCAAGCUUCUACAGACGAAGACUGCGAAAGGAUUAUCGUUUACUUCGUACGCGCUCGAGACGUCGGCAUACAUCAUUAGCUUGGCAUACAAUUACCGUCAUGGCUUUCCCUUCAGUACAUACGGCGAGACUGCCUUGAUAUUGAUUCAGAACGUAGCGAUUUCCGCACUGGUUCUGCACUUCUCUGGAAAAGGGCCUGCAGCGGGCGCUUGGAUCGCAGGACUCGCGGCAACUGGUUAUGCGCUUUUCAACGAGAAUGCCGGUCUUGUAGACGUCAAUCGCUUGGCCAUGUUCCAAGCUGCAGCUGGUGUCCUUGGUGUCGCGAGCAAAAUUCCUCAGAUCUGGACUGUGUAUCAAGAAGGGACCACAGGCCAACUGAGCGCGUUUGCUGUUUUCAACUACCUUGCAGGUUCCCUUGCACGCGUCUUCACAACCUUACAAGAAGUGCCCGAUCCUCUUAUACUAUGGGGUUUCAUUGCCGGCUUCGUGCUGAACUUGGUUCUUGCAGGGCAAAUGAUCUACUACUGGAACACUGCUCCAGCUGUAAAGAAGUCGAAAGGCAAGAACGCUCCCUCCUAUGCCACUGUGGCUAAGAAGAACACCCCACUGGAUCCUGCAACUCCAGCGCAAUCGACGCGUUCAAAGACGCCUUCUACGCGCCGCCGUGGCUAG